AGGAACCAUCACUCACUGUGGACGACUCCAACAAUCCUUCUCUACAAUCAGGUUGACUUAUUGAGUGUAAACAUUUACGUAAUGAUCAUGGCCUCAUUAGUGUGCACCCUACAGGACCACAGAGAUGAUGUGAACUGCUGCGCGCUCUCAGACUCUUUACUGGCCACCUGCUCCGGAGACAAAACUGUCCGUGUGUAUUCCGUGCAGGACUUCCGUGAACUGGCCUUCUCUCCUCUCUGCGGUCACGGUUACGGUGUUCACUGCUGCUGUUUCAGCCGCUGCGGCAGAUAUCUGGCGUCCUGCUCCACAGAUGCCGUGACUAUGGUCUGGAGAGCGCACACAGGUGCAGUGGUGGCUUCACUGGAGCAUCCGGCACGCAGUCCAAUUCGGGUCUGCUCGUUCUCUCCUGAUGCGCUAUAUCUGCUGUCUGGUGCUGCUGACGGGACCGUUGCUCUCUGGAAUGUGCCGUCAAAGACACUGCAAAGAUGUGCCAAAGUCAGCGAGGGCACCGUGCUGGCAUGCUGUUUCUCUCCGUGUGGGCAGAUGUUCGUAACAGGCUCCACUCAUGGAGAACUUCACUUGUGGAAUUGGGCCAUGAGCUCUUUACACACCCAGAGAGAAGCACAUGAUCUGGGAAUCAUCUGCUGUCACUUCUCUCCACAGAUCUGCAUCGACGGUCAGACAGUGACGUUUCGAUUGGCGUCUGGAGGGCAGGAUAACCAGCUGAGGAUAUGGAUCGUUUCCCAGCAUGCAACAGCAGGUUACAAGAUGUCACUGAUGUUUACGCUCUCAGCUCAAUCUGCUCCAGUUCUCUCCUGUGCAUUCUCAUUUGACGGACAGCUGCUCGUCUCUGGGUCUGUGGAUAAAACAGUCACUAUAUAUGAUGCGAAUCACGGAGAGCUUUUACACACUCUAAUGCAGCAUGACAGAUAUGUGACCGCAUGUGCGUUCUCUCCCUGUGUGUUGAUGUUUGCGUCUGGCUCUAUGGAUAAGACGGUGAAUAUCUGGAGAAUUGGAGAUGGAAAUGCUCAAGCACGUAAGCAGCAGCAGCACACCACUUCCUGUUUGUGCGCUUGGACAGGAAGGAAGUCCCUGGGUUAUUCCAAAAUGCUGGUCAAGGAUUGGUCAGAGGAGGAUGUUUGUGACUGGCUUCAGGACGAAGGGUUUGAAGCUGUGGUGGACACGUUUAGAGCCCAUAACAUAGAUGGGGCCGAACUCAUCGCCCUAAACAAGGAGACACUGGCCACUGAAUUUAACAUGGAAUCAGUGGGUCUUCGUGGUAAAGUCACGAGGAAGAUUGAGGAGCUGAGAUCUGCUCUGAUUGGCUCAGAUGUUCCAGAUGAGUUCCUCUGUCCAAUCACCAGAGAGACCAUGAAGGACCCCGUCAUGGCUGCAGAUGGUUAUUCAUACGAGAGAGAGGCAAUCGAGAGCUGGAUCAACACUUCCAACCGGUCGAGCCCGAUGACAAACCUGCCUUUACAAACCAACACAUUGACCCCCAACAGAACCCUGAAGAUGGCCAUACAGCGAUGGAGAGCCAGUAGCCACGUCUUACACUACUAGCUUUGUGUAAAUGUGUACAAUUUUCUGCCAACAAAUCUGAUUUGGUCUUCAAAUUCAAUCUUUGGUGCCGACUGUCCACACUGUCAUUUUGCAAGUUAUUAAAUCAGAUACUUGGGUUUGAACUGUGCAGUCAAUACAGUGUAAUUGUAGGGUUCUCGAAGUAUAAAUCCCAUACAUUUUCUCCCAAGAGAAAUUGAGUUUUAAUGACAUUUAAUGUAUAAACCUCUCAAGACAGACCUACCAUUUAGCCCCAAGACUGAGUGAUGUAUGCUUCAGUAAAAGCCAAAAGUCAGUGUGAUUUUUCAACUGGUACAGUCUUGUACCUUAGAUAAAAUGGCAGAGUUUAAAUUAGUUUUUUCUUCUAAAUGUUGUGAUUCAUCUUGGAGCUGAUUGCUUCGGUUCAUGGACAGAAAUUCUUUAUUAAUAUGAUUU